UGCCAACCGCCGUUAAACCUCAUCGAAGAAGAAGGGCCGCGUGCAAACCGCGUGUGACGCAGAAAGGAGGGAGGGACCGAUAACAAACAAACAAACAGGAACAGUCACGUAGCUGAGGAACACGUGGAGAUGAGUAGUAAUGAGUGUUUUGGAUGCGGCCGCACCGGCCACUGGAUCAAGAACUGCCCGAAUGCCGGGCGGGGACGAGGCAAGGGCCGCGGGAGGGGGAAAGAUCUGUUCUGCUAUCGCUGUGGCGAGCCUGGGCAUGUCGCCAGGGACUGUGAGAAGACUGAGGAUGCGUGCUACAACUGUGGUCGUGGAGGACACAUUUCCAGAGACUGUAAGGAGCCCAAGAAGGAGAGGGAACAGGUCUGUUAUAACUGUGGCAAGGCUGGCCACGUGGCCCGAGACUGUGACCAUGCCAACGAGCAGAAGUGCUACUCCUGUGGAGGUUUUGGACACAUCCAGAAGGGCUGUGAGAAGGUCAAAUGUUACAGGUGUGGUGAGAUCGGCCAUGUUGCCAUCCAGUGCAGCAAGGCCGGCGAAGUCAACUGCUACAACUGCGGAAAGUCUGGUCACCUGGCUAAAGAAUGCACCAUCGAGGCCACGGCCUAGCACUCUGCUGCCUUCCUACGCCCCUCCUUUUUCACAUGGAUGAUUGUAUUAUUUUGUCUGAAACUUGCCUUCUGGCUACGGAGGUUGCUCCCAGACCAGUCUGCUGUAAAGUGCGGAAUAAUACACUUUCUGUAUUUAAUCCAAAAUGUUUACUUUGGUAGAGGUUAAUGUACAAUGGUUUGUUAAAGAAGCCAUUUUCCAUGCCACUGGUGACAAGGGAUGAGUUCUGAGUGGAUGUCCUCCCUACCAGGUCCGGGGAAACCAGCCCUGGAGUCAGAAUGAAAGUUUGUCGGAACUUUUUAGUUUUUUGGAACAUAACGGACUAGACCUGAGACAGCAGCACCACCCAGUGGUCGUUAUGGAUUCGUUCCGUCCGACAGCAGCAUGCAGACAGACCAGGACCAAACCCGUCACAACAUGGUGUAUGAGUACAGACGGUCAUAGCUAAUUCACAAGAAAAUAAAAAUAUUUGUUUUUGUACAGUUA